CCCGAAAAGCACAUUUUUCGGAAACGUCCGCAACUAUCGUCGCCUACUCCAGAGCUCUCCUCUAGCUUUCUUCCGCGAGGCAGCCAGCAAAGUCCCCCGUAUCAGCGAUCUUCCGCUUUGACAUCUUCGUUGCAGUUCCUCUGAACACUCCUCGCAACCAUGUCCUCGCCAAGGAGGCGAAUAGAGACGGAUGUCAUGAAACUCAACAGUCUGAUGAGUGACUACGAAGUCACGCUUGUUAAUGACAACAUGCAAGAAUUCUACGUCAGGUUUCACGGUCCCAAAGAUACUCCUUUCACCGGCGGAGUGUGGAAAGUUCACGUGGAGCUCCCUGACCAGUACCCAUACAAGUCACCGUCUAUCGGCUUCAUGAACAAAAUCUUCCACCCAAAUAUUGACGAGUUGAGCGGAUCGGUCUGUUUGGAUGUCAUCAACCAGACAUGGAGUCCAAUGUUCGACAUGAUCAACAUCUUCGAAGUAUUCCUUCCUCAACUGUUGCGGUAUCCAAACCCUACCGACCCUCUCAAUGGAGAAGCAGCAGCUCUCCUGAUGCGGGAACCGACAAGUUACGAGGUCAAAGUGAAAGAAUACGUGACAAGGUACGCCACGAAGGAGGCAGCAGAUGCGGCGACAGAUGAAAGCGGUUCAGAUGACGACGAUAUGAGCGAAGUGGGGUCUUUCUCGGACGAUGAUGUCCCUGGGCUGGAACUAUGAGAUGCAGUUACUAUCCAAGUUUUCAGAGUCGCACUUGCAUGUGCUCGCUUUUCGUCAUCACCACCUGUCUCUUCUUGUGCAGUCAUUGGGUUUUUUGGGUAUACGGAUGGGCAAGAUGUUGUGUCUGGCCAGGGUCGGAU